CCCUUCGCCGGGGACCUGUGCGCGCAGCCACGCUCGACCACGGCCCUCCGCCUACGUCAGCCCGAAUCGUGAUCUUGCCUUUUGCCUUGCUGUUGACGACCAAACCAGACGAGGGGGGAGGGCAGAGAGGGGGGAGCAGACUCUCAGGAUGUAUAAAACGGGCGGGCGCUGGCAUUCCGUAGCUGAACCAACUCCUGCCUCCAGUUGAGCAAGAGUCACCACCACCACCACCACCACCUCCUCCUCCUCCUCCUCCUCCUCGCCGCCUUCGCUCUCGACCUCUCUCUCUCGGUCACCCUCUCUCCAGCCUCGCCCACAGCAACGAUGCGCUCCUCGCUCCUCCUCGCGGCCGUCUGCGCGCCCUCCGCCCUCGCCUUCCCCUGGAUGACUCCCGAGGGAAUGGAGGCGCUGCUCAAGCACCCCGAGGCACGCGCCGCCAUCGACCAGAAGCUGAAGGCGCACCACCGCGACGACGCGGCCAGCGAGCUGAAGAAGCGCCACGAGCCGCGCCAGCUCGGCACCGGCCUGCUCGGCGGCGUCGUCUCGCUGCUUGGUGGGUCUGUCGAGGCCGUCGUCGAUAACCUCCUCGGCCUCAUCCCGACGGAUAAGGCUGUCGAUGGCCUGACGCGCUUCCCGGAAGGUAUGGCGUUCGUGUCUGUUCUGUGCAAAUGCCUGAGUGCCGUGGCUGACUGUUGUGCGCGCGUCAGACGACUACCCCUUCCAGGCGCCUGGCGAUACCGACCAGCGCGGCCCUUGCCCCGGCUUGAACACGCUCGCUAACCACGGCUGUACGUGACGCACAUCCCUUCUCUUCUUUUGACUUUACUUGCGAGCGAGCAUCCAAGCUGACUGUUCUGCGCAGACA